AAAAUAAAUUAAAGUUUACGGACUAAAACGCAAAAAACUAUGGCUCUAAUUUACCGUUACUAAAUCCAGUUCCCGCCACUCCCAAUUCGACCGUUGGAGCUCACCAUUACCCAUCUCCCUCUCAUUCAAACAUUUAAACAAAUAGCUACAAAAAAAAAAACUCACAUCAAAUAGAUGAUACACAACAACACUCCCCACAAUGCUCUCCACCCUUUAUCUUCUCCCUCCUCCUCCUCCAAUGCUUCCCCACCAAUCCCCACCUCCUCCGCUCCGCGCCUCUUCCGCCGACCACUACGCCUACCUCCUCCAAACAAGCCUCAAAUCCGAGACCUUGCGUCUCGGCCGAUCCGUCCACGCCCGCGUCGUCAAAGCCGGGCUCUAUGUAAGUGUCUACCUCGCCAACAAUCUCAUCAACUACUACGCCAAAAAUGGCUCCUUUUCCGACGCCAACCGCCUGUUCGAUGAAAUGCCUCUUAGGAAUAUAUUCUCUUGGAAUUCUGUUCUUUCUAUGUACGCGAAGGCCGGGCAGAUCAAGUUAGCAGGUCAGGUGUUCGAUGAAAUGCCCGAAAGGGACUCUGUUUCUUGGACCGCGAUGAUCGUCGGAUUCAAUCAGAUGGGUCGGUUUGAAAAGGUCGUAAACACGUUCCUAGGCAUGGUUCGGGCUGGGAUCCCUCCGACCCAGUUCACAUUUACUAAUGUCUUCUCCUCUUGCGCAGCGAGGGAGGCUCGUGGUGUUGGUAGGAAGGUGCAUUCAUUUGUGGUCAAGCUAGGGUUUAGUAGUUGUGUUCCCGUCGCGAAUUCAAUUCUAAACAUGUACGGGAAAUCCGGGGAUGCCGAGACGGCAAAGAUUGUUUUCAAUAGGAUGAGACUGAGGAGCAUAUCGAGUUGGAACUCGAUGGUUUCCUUGUAUGCUCAGUCGGGUAGGAUGGAUCUCGCAGUGGCCCAGUUUGAGGAGAUGAGAGAACGAAGUGUUGUCUCUUGGAAUGCGAUAAUAGCGGGAUACAAUCAAAACGUCUCGGAUCUAAAGGCUUUGGAGUUCUUUUCAUUUAUGCUUAAAGAUGCUUCUUUGAUCCCCGACAAUUUUACGCUAACAAGCGUGUUAUCUUCUUGCGCCAAUCUCGGUAUAUUGAAAUUGGGAAAGCAAAUACAUGCAUAUGUAAUGAGAAGCGAAUUGCCAUAUAAUGGGCAGGUGGGAAAUGCUUUGAUCUCAAUGUAUGCAAAGUCGGGUGGUGUCGAAAGUGCUCGAAAAAUUGUGGAGACAACGGUCGCGUCCGAUCUAAAUGUGAUAUCAUUUACAGCUUUAUUAGAAGGUUAUGUCAAGCUCGGAGACCUGCAACCGGCUCGAGAAAUCUUCGACUUGAUGAAUUACCGCGAUGUGGUAGCGUGGACAGCUAUGAUAGUUGGUUAUGCGCAAAAUGGUUUUAACAGUGACGCUAUGGAACUCUUCAAGUUGAUGCUUGAAAAAGGCCCAAAGCCAAAUAAUUAUACUCUUGCUGCAGUUCUAAGUGUUUGUUCGAGCUUGGCUUCGUUGGAUCACGGAAAACAAAUUCACUGUAAAGCCAUAAGAUCAGGGGAAAUAUGUUCUGUUUCUGUAAGUAAUGCGAUUAUCACCAUGUACGCUCGUUCGGGGAGCAUUUCGUGGGCGAGAAGAGUGUUUGAUCAAAUAUAUUGGCUUAAGGAAACGAUUACGUGGACUUCGAUGAUCAUUGCUUUGGCUCAACACGGGCUGGCGGGAGAAGCCAUCAACCUGUUCGAGGAAAUGCUUAAGAUAGGCGUGAAGCCCGACCAUAUAACUUACGUGGGGGUGAUUUCGGCGUGCACGCAUGGGGGAUUGGUAAAAGAAGGAAAAGGGUACUUUGAACAGAUGCAGCGCGAGCACACGAUCGAGCCCACGCCGAGCCAUUACUCGUGCAUGAUCGAUCUCUUUGCGCGAGCCGGUUGGCUCCGAGAAGCCCAAGAAUUCAUCGACAGAAUGCCGAUAGAGCCUGAUUCUAUUGCAUGGGGGUCGCUCCUCUCCGCUUGCAAAGUGUACAAAAAUGCCGACUUGGCGAGAACAGCUGCGGAAAGAUUAUUAGCUACCGAUCCCGAAAACGGUGGGGCUUAUUCCGCGCUUGCUAAUGUUUACUCUGCUUGUGGGAGGUGGGAUGAUGCUGCUAAAACUUGGAAAUUGAUGAAGGAGAGGUGUGUGAGAAAGGAGCAAGGGUUCAGUUGGAUUCAGAUCAAGAACAAAGUUCAUGUUUUCGGGGUCGAAGAUGGGUUGCACCCCGACAGGGAGGCGAUAUACAAAACGGCGGCGAACAUAUGGGAGGAGAUCAAGAAAGCAGGGUUUGUUCCCGACAUCCAGUCCGUGUUGCACGACGUCGACGAUGAACUCAAGGAGCAAUUACUUAGUCAUCACAGCGAGAAGCUCGCGAUCGCUUACGGGCUGAUCAGCACUCCGGAGAAGACCACUUUGAGAAUCAUGAAGAACUUACGGGUGUGCAACGAUUGUCACGCCGCGAUCAAAUUCAUAUCCAAGGUCGUCGACAGGGAGAUCAUAGUGAGAGACGCGACUCGGUUCCAUCAUUUCAGGGAUGGAUUUUGCUCAUGUAAGGACUAUUGGUAGGAAAAGUUGUGGCUCUCCAAAAGGAUGUGUUUGAGUUAAUUAAUUCACUAAAAGAGGCAUUAUAAAUUAUCCGAAGGAAA